CCAGUCACUGAACAUGUAGGCCUAUGGCAUCCUCUAAAAGCAUUCAUUAUUCUCGAGGCUGAACAAUUAAAUAGCCUUACAUGCCAAAACGGGACAGAGGCGUUUAGGCAUCAAACAAGCGAACAAUUUAAAGGCUAUUAGAAUUUAGUAUUUUAAAAGUAGUAAUUUGCCCCUUUUGCAUUAUACCUUACUCGGUCAACGUAACUAUUUUGGUUGAAUACAGAAUUCUAACUCACUAGGUGCCCAUAUAGGCUACCUGUCUUUUAGGCAUCGCUACCGCUUUAACGGGACGGGGCUGUGACGUGAGAAGCCCCUCGCGGGAUAACGGGCCGAGAGAGAGCGGGGUACAGUUGGACCGACUCCCAAACAGCACGUCCAUAUACCUGCAGCAGAUAGCAUCACAACCCAGGGUUGCAUUCUCCAAAGACCCGGCUUUUCUUUGGAAAAUGAGGGACUAUUCGGCGCCUCCGAGUCGUGGAGGCGCGUGUGUGUCCUGCUGCCAAGUUUGUAUCUUUGCGUUUACUGCGUUUCUGCUCGUGGCGGAGAGGACCGCGGUUAUCUACUGUUUUGUCUACUAUUUGUGGAUCGGACACAACUACUGCUAUGCUUACCUGGCUGGCUUCACUGCCCUGUUCCUACUGCCCGGCUGGGCUCCUCAGUGGCUGAGCUACCUGUGGUACCUUUCGGAUGGACGCAUACGCAUGAAGUCCCUCACCUGGACACACAUACUGCACCUGGGCAUAUUCAAAAGGCUGUGGGAGUGCCUGGUCCUGCCAGAGGAGGAUGUGUACGGGGAGAUCAUGCAGCAGGCGGACGUGUCGGCCCUGCGUCUGUUUGAGGCCCUGGUGGUCACUCUGCCUCAGACCCUGCUGCAGACCUACGUCCUCAUCUGUACCGACAUAGGCAUCAAGUCCCCAGCUUCUGUUUGCUUUGUGGUGUGCCUGAUAUCCCUGGCCUGGGCCCUGGUUCUCUAUGCCAGGGCCUGCUCGCUCAUUAGACCUGGCCACCUGCCUAUGACCCCUGCCGCCAUACUAUGUAGACUGCUAUGGAGGGUGGGCAUGCUGGGAUCUCGGUUUGCUAUUCUCAUGCUCUUCACAAGGAUCUUCAAACAGUGGAUCCUUGGGGUCAUAGGUGUGCACUGGCUAGGCGCUACGUUUUGGAUGGUGUCCCAGCAGACAGACAUCAUCAAGUCUGUUGGCCGGUGGAGGCUCUUCAACCUGGUGCUGGGCGCCAUACACAUCUUCCUCUUCCUCAACGUGAAGUACGGACAAUCCCGCUAUCGCAUGGCCGGGUUCUACCUGGCCAUGUGGAUUGAGAAUGCCUUCCUUCUGUUGGCCUCAUCCUGGCUGUUCAGCAUGGCAUCAUGGGAUACCGUGGGCAUACCGGCAGCUGUGUUCUGCAGCUUCCUUAUCGGAGUCAUAGCACUGGUGUUGUACUACCGUUUCCUUCAUCCAAAGUCCUUUGAGAUCUUCCAGAGUGUUCGCCACAGGGGGAUCGGAGGAGCCUGCACAGAGCGAGGAUCUACGCUCUCAUUGGAGGAGAAAGUGACCCCUAGCUUCAAUCGCCAUGUUGCACUUUCCGGUGGUGGAACUCUCAUGGACCUUCCCCAUCAAUGGGAGGGAUGGAGGCACCAUCACUGGCUGCUGAUUCGCCUAGCCAUGAAGACAGGGGACGUAGGCAGGAUCUGCUCAGCCUAUGGGGAGGGAGGCUUGGCAGGACUGAUGGGUCUGGACGAGGAAGUGGUUUACUCCCCUGACAUGCCUCAUCAUACCCCGGUGCCACAUUCUCCUCCCCAACCUUCUCCUCUACCGACUCCUCCACCGCAUCCACAGGUGACAGAGAUCAUUCCGGCCUCAAAGCCAUCUCCAAGCCCUGUGGUGGCCAGACCUGUGAAGAAGGCCCCGACCGCAGUGUUUCACGGCCUUAAAACCCCUCCCGAGGUCAUCCCUGUGGAGGUGGACCUCACUGAAGAGAGUGGAGACGAGUUAUCCAGUGCCCUUGUUUCAGAGGAUAAAUGCGAUGACGAUUACCAGAGUGCGGCGUACGGCUCCCCCACCGUGUCGUCCCCGCAGCUGGCCGGGAGCCUGCGGCACAUCGACAGCGUCAACGCCAGCCUGACCGAGGCCUCCUCGUCCGUCUGCUCCCUGGACAUCAAGACCCCCGGCUGGUCCGACGACCGCCGCUCGCCUCUGCUCAUCACGUCCCCGGAGGGCGACCAGGCGGCGGCGCCCGGGGACGGCACCACGGGCGCCUACUUCAGCGCCGAGGCUCCGUCCCCGUCCAGCGGCAGCUACCUGGGCUGGGGCUCGGAGCUGUCGCCCAUCUCCGCCUACCGCAGCCCGUACCGCAUCCGGGAGGCGCGCUUCGUCACCUCCACCCCGCGGCUGGAGCCCCCGGCCGAGGACGAGACCCCGGCUCUGGCGCCGGCGUCCGUCAUCAUCACACCGGCUACCCCCGGCAACACGCCGGGCACCACCCCCGGGGGCAGCACCCCUAGUGCCAGCACUCCCGGAAGCGCCCCGCUGACACCGGUCAUCUCCAACACCGCUCGAAAACAAACGGUCCAGUUUGUGGACUACAGAGAAAGGGCGGUCUAGUUAGAGUCGGAGUGGAGGCGCUUUGAAGGGACUUUUGAGUUAAGUAUCUCUGUUGAGUAAUGUCCACAUUGGCCCAGUUGUUGUUGUUUUUAUCAGUUUUCAUUAUUUUCUAUGGCAGUGAUAAAAAAGUAGCAAGUGUGCUUCUCAAUCCGGUCAAUCAAGGCAUGAAUAAUAACAGUUUAUAUCAAAUUUACAGAAAUACAGACCUUUUAACUAACGAAAAGCAAAAAAUGAGUUAUUUCAUAUCCCAGAACGAGGUUCAUAGGUGCUAUGGAUUGUAGAACCUGCGGAUGUUAUUUAUUUCAGCCGUCGUUAUCUAGGUCAUGCACCUUUAAAAUAUGAACCCUUUUAAACUAACUAACUAACUAACCACCGAAACUAACCGAUUCUGCUUCAACAGUGGUUAGUGCGGCUGACUGCACAGAGAUGUGUAUGCUUUCCGGCUCGGGUCGAAUCUGCUUAGUAAAAAUCCCCCAAGUUUGCGUGGCAUUCCUUUCCCUGCCGUAUUUACUCAAAAUGUGCACGUGUUUUGGUCUUCGUCUGUCCAUAGUCAGCAAUUGGGCUUUUACAUUAGAAUGCUUCAUGGGCUUUUUUCGUUGGCGAUACUCCGCCAUUUUGUGAUGACUAGAGAGUUGUAGUAAUACAAAUUCCUAAACUAAUGUAAAUAUGCAUAAUCAAACUUUGUUGAAACAUGGUAUUGCAUGAGAAAUUGCUGUGGAAUUCAAUUUCAAAAGACAAAUCAUUUCCUGAUUAAUUACUAAGCAAUGACCAAAACCCCAUUGCUACCAAUAACGUUCCAAUGCUCCUAUGCUUCCAAAAUGGAGGCAGUCAUGCCAUGUGACGUCACGAUGUUCAAGCCCUAUAGCUGAGAUAGGCUAUGACUCCCUCGAAUGUCUACUGAACAAAUGGGCAGGUGAAAGAAAAUAGAGAUUCAGUGUUAUACAUUUAAAAUAUCCCUUUCGCUUCAUAUAUUUUUGACUAAUCAUGCUGUAGGAAGCGGGGAUCUGUAAGUGUGUAAUUGGCUAACACAAACAAAAAAACUCAGUUUACACUUACCGGUAAUACAAUCUCCUUCUGAAAUCUUCAUCCACCCGAGCAAGUGAGUUUCUCUGUAAGAAACAGGAAACAAAGCGUUACUCAGUUUCUCUGCCGUCUCCCCCGGAAACCUUGGUAUAACUUAGUGGUACUUCUUGAUCCGAGAUUGUACGUGAUGUACAGCAGAGAAGGAUAGUCACUGUUAUGUACAAUCACACCAUGAUGGUGCUGUGUAUAAUUGCCGGGCAUGAGCAACACUUUACACAUCAAGGUAGAAGGUAUGCGAUCUACCUCUAUCCGUCUAUCAUCUCCAUGUAUUUGUUAAUCUAUUAACAGAGUAAUGAUGUUUAUUUUAUAUUCAUUGCUGAGAUAUCUUGACAUAGCACUUUAAAA